CGAUAGAAAGGGAGCGGCUGUUUGGUUUUUAAUGUUUUAGAAGUGGCAACGACACAGAACUGGAGUUGUCUCUUUCUGCUAAUGGCUUUCUGACCUCUUCAAAGGCCAAUCUGUAACACAGCUUCGAGUUUUUUCUUUACAGACCUCUGUGUUCUUCAGAACUUUCCCAAAUCCCCUUUGUCAGAUUCACGUCUGAAUUUACAUUGCAUGCCAUUAUUACUCUGAUAAUAUUCUGUUUCUUUUCCAUUUCUAUAUCGCCGACACUUUUUGCGUCUUUUGUCGGCCAAGCAUCCAAGAUAACGUUUGGUUGAGCUAGAGCAACAGUAGCUUGGAGGUGGGUCGAGGGUAAAAUCCAGUAUGAGUCUGGAAUUGAAGACGAUUCACCACCAUUUCUGCCGCCGUAGCCGCCGCCAUUACGACUGUCAGCAGCAGUUUCAACCCAGUUCGUUCAUUUCUUUGCUGCCGAAUUACCAUUUAUUGAAUGGGAAACAAGGGAUUUCAGCAAAAUGGUCCGUUGGGCUGCUGAGAAGACGAAGUGGCGGCGGAAUUAGUCGCCGGAAUGUUGUGGUGGUGUCCAGCGUUGGUGGUGUCCCGAUUUCAGAUGGGUCGAAACCAGACAAAGGCUUUGUUUCUCCUCCUCUCAGUGACAUCCUUUGGCCUUCUGCAGGGGCAUUUGCAGCGAUGGCAAUACUGGGGAAGAUAGAUCAAAUUCUAGCGCCGAAGGGGCUUUCUAUGACAAUUGCACCAUUAGGCGCCGUCUGUGCCGUCCUGUUCGCGACACCCGCCGCCCCUGCCGCUCGAAAGUACAAUAUCUUUGUGGCCCAGAUUGGUUGUGCAGCAAUUGGGGUUUUGACGUUAACUUUCUUGGGGCCUGGAUGGCUGGCCAGAAGCUCUGCUCUUGCUGCAUCCAUGGCGUUCAUGAUCUAUACCGGUUCAACGCACCCACCAGCUGCGAGUUUGCCGAUUCUGUUCAUCGAUGGAGCUAAGCUGCAUCAUCUGAAUUUCUGGUAUGCUCUGUUUCCGGGUGCCGCUGGAUGUAUAAUCCUCUGCUUGAUACAAGAGUUAGUGGUGUUGUUGAAGGAGAAGAUCAAAUUUUAAGCUCUGAAAGAAUCAGUAAAGGAUUGAGCAGCCAUUACUGAAAGUCUCCCAAAUUAAAGCUCAUUUUUUUGUGGCUUUGAUUCCAUGAACAGUCUCUUAUGAUCUGAUGGAAACAAUUCUUUGUAAUUGUCAAGUUGAAGAUUAUCUCAUUUAAUCUUUAAAAAUAAAUAUCCAAAUUUAGAA